UCAACAGAGGCGUCCACAGAGGCCUAAAUCGAGUUUAGACAUAGUCACUCCGUCGGACGCAGCGAACGAUGGAUACUUUUAUUCCGAGGAAAGAUACGCGGCACAGAUGCGGCAAUCCGCGGUUUAUCUCCACCAGACGCCCCAGCAUCACCAGCAACAAAGGAACCAAUCGCUUUCCCGGACGACAAUGCCCUCGAAAGCGACUGGGAUCCGCGACAGAAGCGACGAAAGUAGGAUAGCUACGCUACCGGAAGUUUCCUGCUCUGGCCUGAGGCGGGGACAACAACACGUUCAUCAGCAACACGUGAUACCUCACCAAUCGCUUCAACGGCAUACCGAAAUGAACAGCAACGAGGCGAAGCUGAGGCGGUCGUUGCGGGAGAAGAGUUACGAGGCGAGCAGCCGAGAAAUGCUGAGUCAUAUGGCGGAGGAAGGGACGGUGCCGCGAAGAAUUCCACGCGAGUACGAGUGUUCGAUGGGGUGGGGAAACAGGGGGACGAGUCAGGGUAGCGCUCACGUGGGCCAACCGUGUCACGCUUCUCACGCCGCCGCCAGACGAUGGAACGAGCAGCAACAGUUCUGCAGGUCGGCGUCCGCGCGCCUACCGAGGACCAGGCACCCGACCACCUUGGACCCCGACGACGACGAUUACGAACGAUCGUCCGAGCAGGACUCGCGGGAUGGUGAACGAAAGAUACAACAGGUUGGUUACAUUCGUCGUGUUUUCGAUAUCGUGUGACGAUGUUUUCGCACGUUUUUUAUCUCUUUUGUAUCUCGACGGUAUCCUU